GAAGGUAGGUAGUUGUUAUUCCACCUGAAGCUAACAGCAGGGAAGUGAAUUAGCACAUGGUUAGUUUAUUAGCGUCAACAGGACAACGUAACACCAGUAGUGACAGCAGCUUGCCAUCCUGUGGACAGAAAUGAACCACACCACUCAAGAGGCAGCAGGUCUUGACCCUACCGUGCUGACAGUCCAACUCUUCGAGCUAUGGAACCAGAAAGAUCUGCAAACGCUACAUUUGGCAGCCCUCCAGGGAUUUUCAAAGGUGUCUGAACCUCUGGAGGCCUUAAUGACAAUCCUGGAGAGCUGUCCGGGUAAACAGAGGGGUCGGAACCACACCCUCGGCCAUCACAUUCUCAUGGAAUUCCAGACAUGGAUGAAGGAACAUCCUCAGGUUACACUGAGUUCACUUUCAGAGCAGCAAGCAUUAGCCGUCCAACGUCGGGCUCUCAGCCUACUAACAGAUACCCAGCCCGGCUUUGUAGACAGUCUCAUAAAUAUCUACCAACUCAACUCCCUAGAUCCAGACAUCCUCAAACUGCACAUUGUGAGGUUACAGGCCCUCAACUGCCACAAAGAGGCUGUAGUCCUCAGUGUAAAGCUGAAGUUACAGAAAGAGCUGAAUAUGGAGGAGAUAUGUGUACCACUCAUCCUACAGGAUAAGUUGUCUUUGGCAGAGUCCUUCGUCACAGGCCACAAUCACCUGGAACUACGACUGGUCACACUGCUAGAUUCCUGGUGCCACCCCAAUUUCAGUGCGGAAAUGAUAAGCAAGCAGUUCCCACGCCUCUCUGUUUCCAAACACUGCAUGGGACAGAUCAAGCCCAAAAUGCUGACAAAACAUGUGUUACGACUUGUGGAGAAAUUCAACAUUGAUCAAGCACUUUGUCCCAAUGCUCUGCACAAGAGGAGACAGGACUCUAUGCGUUUCCUCAUGUACAAGAGGUUUGUAGAGAAAAGUAUGACACAGGAGAACUGGAGUGACCAUGUGCAGUACGUAGUGGCAGAUGACCUCGAGCUACAGAUCCAGUUGGUGGAGAUGUUGGUGAGGUACAGUGGUCUUCAGAAAGCCUCCCAGUGGUCACUGAGAUACAGCAUUCCCAGACAUCGCCUUCCUAUUGGGGUAUGGGAUACACAGCAGAGUCUACCGACACAUUUACAACUAGAGCAUCUGGGUGAUUCGGCACAGACUGAGGACUGGAAGCCAUCUGAGUCUCACUGUCAUAAGUUUUACCAGGUGCCAGUCACCAAAGACAAGGUUCACUUUGUGGACACUCCGGAAGCUCUCCAGACAUGUAGAAGUGUUGUGCUCAAGGAUGGUGCCAUAGUAGGAGUUGACAUGGAGUGGCAGCCUACAUUUGGCUGUAUCUCAACUCAGAGAGUUGCUCUGAUACAGCUUGCAGUUUUUGACCAGGUUUUCUUAUUAGACCUCUGUGCAAACGGAUUGUGUCAACACCCAGAUACUAUUAGUUUCAUCAGGAGCUUUUUCUCUGCACACAAUGUCAUUAAACUGGGUUAUGGUAUGGCCGGAGAUCUCAAGUGUCUCUUGGCCACCUGGCACCAAUUGUUAGAGGAGCCAUUAAAGAUGGACGGGGUGCUUGAUCUUCUUAGUAUACACCAAAAGACCCAGCGUGGUUCAAAGUUCAAAGGGACUCAAAAUGGCCCUAAGGAGGUGCUGGUAGGAGAGGGCUCUGCAGAGAAAGGCCUCAGUCUGCUGGUACAACAGGUCCUGGGAAGGCCCCUGGACAAGACGGAGCAGAUGUCCAACUGGGAGAAGCGGCCGCUACGCAUCAGCCAAAUUAGAUAUGCAGUGGCAGAUGCCUACUGUUUGCUGGAUGUUUACUCUGUCCUUUCCAGCAACCCAGCAUCCUUUGGGCUGCCAGCAGACCUGCGCAGCAUCUCUUCAAGCCAAUCAGAGAAGGGAGGAGAGAAGAAGCACAAGGAUAAACGAGCAACGCAAAAGAAACAGGAAUGUCAGGGGGCUCAAAGGCUCAGUCCCCCUCGCUCUGACACAGAGAAAGGCCUCCUGUGUGGCAAGAAGCCCUCAGAGGACUCCCCCGCUUUGCCCCCCCAGCAGUUGCGGGUGGUGUGUGACAACAUGCUGCAGGGGCUCGGGAGGUACCUGCGCUGUUUAGGAGUCGAUGUGGUCAUGUUGGAGAACACUGAUGAUCACAGAAAAGCAGCAAUGUUAGCACAAGCCGAAGGCCGAGUCAUACUCACAUGUGGACAACCAUACCUAAGUUUGCGGUCCCAGGUGGGUGAGGGUCGCUGUCUCUCCCUAGACUGUUCAGAAAAAGCCAGAGACCAGGCGGUUAGAGUCCUCAGACACUUCAACGUCCAGCCCACUCCCAGCGAUAUAUUCAGCCGCUGCCAGGCGUGUAACAGCGAUCAGUAUGUGACGGUGCCAAGAGAGGAUAUGGUCAAGAUGCUUAAACAGAAAGGAUUUCUGCAGGACCAGAACAUUCAACACACACAACAGAAGUCCCAUCAACAGGAAGAGGAGAAACUUGAUGACAUCCUGACCCCCGGUGAGACCUCUGAACUCCCCAGGUAUGCCCUUCAGUGUCGCUGGGCCCCACUCUCAGAGCUGGACCCCGACACCCUGACCUUUCCCGGGGGGGCGCCCAUACAGCUCCACGCCGUGCCCCCUGCCCUUCUGACGAGGAUACCCCUCUUCUAUGUCUGCACCAGAUGUGGCAAGGUGUUCUGGGAAGGCUCCCACUUCGGCCGUGUCCUCUCCAUGUUUCAGGAGGUCUUGCAUAUAACAGACGAGGACUCUGAAUCAGCUGCAGGGCCCGUUACAGAUGUGCAACAGAACUGACUGAACUUUCUAAACUAAAGUGAUAAAAGCGGCAUAAAGUUUCAUAAAAGUUCAAUGGUUUGAAAAAAAAAAGAAGGGAGAUUUUAUUAUUUGACAGCCGUACCAAAAAACAAAGGUAAUGCAACUAUUAUGGAUGAAGAAUUUAUUUUCUCAUCUUUUAUCAUCCAAAAGCUCAUUUAAUCUUUUCGUCAGGGUUAAGUUUGUUCUAUUUAACUCUUCCUGGGGUCAGAUUUUGAAAAUUAUCUGUAAUGUUUUUUUAUUGCCUUGAUUUAAAUGUUGCUGUUAAGUCACAGCAGAACUGACUAAGUUUCUGCAGUUAACCUGACCUUUAAAAACAUACAUAUAUUUUACACAUUAAGCCAGAUCCAGCUGUAAUUAAAUCCAUUUAAAUUGUCCUUUACAAAAUAAACACUUGCAUGUUUGCCUUUUUCUAAACUAAAGUGAUAAAAGGGGCAUAAUGUUUCAUAAAAGUUCAAUGGUUUGAAAAAAAAAGAUCAUUUUACAAGGGUAAUGCGACUAUUAUGGAUGAACGCUUUAUUUUAUCAUCUUUUAUCAUCCAAAAGCUCAUUUAGUCUUUUCAACAGUGUUAAGUUUGUUCCAUUUAACUCUUCCUAGGGUCAGAUUUUGAAAAUGUUCUGUAAAGUUUUUUUAUUGCCUUGAUUUAAAUGCUGCUGUUAAGUCACAGCAGAACGCACGUCCUCUGCGUUUUUAGCAGUCUGUGGUACUGUAUAUUUUCAUUCUAUGCGAAUACAUUUGCAUAGUGUUUAGUCAAAUGAUUUUGUUGUUAAUAAACAUUUUUCCAUUUCAUUUAAUAAUCUGUGGAAGG